AUGGUGAGGGUUGAUUCACCCGAUGUUGAGCUGCAUGAGAAUCUCUUGUCCCUUUACAACAAUGAUGCGUCUGAAGGUCCAGCUGUCAUAAGGAGAGUGGCUGAAAAAUUACAACUGAUGGAAAUAUCUGAUCUCACCCAAGAAUCAAUAGCCCUGCAUGAGAUGGUUUCUGCCAGUGGUGGAGAUCCAGGGGAGGGCAUGGAGAAGAUGUCAAUGCUACUGAAGAAAAUUAAGGAAAUUUGGAAUGAUCAGUCCAGAACACAAGUGUCUAUUCAAUCUCGAUGGGGUAUAAUCAUGAAAUGUUCUAACAAAUUUCGGGGAUGUUUAGCUCAAGUCAAAAAUCUUCACCCAAGUGGGAUUUCUCAAGUUGAUAUAAUGCUUCAAGCAAAACUGUUAUACCAUCAAGAUGAAAACAAACAUUUCGCUUUUGAACAUUGUUGGCCAAUAUUGCAAGACAAUAUCAGGUGGCAAGAUGUAGCUCCCACGAAUACGGUAAAGUCAAGGAUGCAUACACUGUUUACCCCUAAUUCAGCCCCUGAUUCCCCUAUGAAAAACUGCAUUUCUCUUGAAGACGACAACAGUCCAAGUGUUGGUAACAAUCCAAUUGUUGGUGAGGGCAGUGUCGCUGGAAAGGGUAAAAGGCCGAUGGGUAGGAAAUCUGCAAAAGAAUUAUUCUGGAGAAAUCAAGUCAUUGAAACUGAAGUCCAAAAAAUGAGCAUACAAUUAGACACAUUUAACCAACACCUUGCUGAGAAAGAAAAGAAAAAAGAGGAAAGAGAAGAAAAAAGGAUUCAAGCACUGCAGGAGAUGAAAGAACUUGAGAUGAAAAAGCAUGAGUUUGUGAUGAAAAAGGAAGAACACCAAAUAAUGACUACGGACAUUUCUCAUUUGGACCCUCAAAUGAAAGCGUAUUACACAAUGCGAAAAAAUGAGAUUUUCGCCAAGUGGUCCUCAAAUGUGAAUAAAAUGCAAACUUAA